AGGAGAAAACGACGACGAAGAAGUAGAAGAAGAAACUCUGCUGUGUCAUUGGUUGUUUCAGCAGCAUGCCGUUUGAAUGGGAACAGGAAGUUAGCUGACUAGCAAGGCGGUAGCUAACUAUUACGUCGUUUUAAUACCUACAAGCAGCUGAAUGAAGGUGACAGAAUAAAAUACGUUUAAUCGGCGGAUGACGUGAAGUUUAAAGUCUGAGCGACACUGACAUGACUCUAAAAUAAACAUCUGUCCGAUGAGACAGGAAUCAGUCUGAUGAAGGGGCAUCUACAGCUGGCAGGAUGCAGCAGAAAAGGAACAUCCAGAUCAUCGAGUGGGAGGACCUCGACAAAAAGAAAUUUUACUCUUUCGGGGUGUUCAUGACGAUGAGCAUCCGGGCCACCGUCUACCCGGCCACACUCAUCCGCACUCUACUCCAGGUGCAGAGGGGCAAAUCACUCUACAGCGGCACCUUUGAUGCCUUCUUCAAGAUUCUCCGGACGGAGGGCAUCCGCGGCCUUUAUCGAGGCUUUAUGGUCAACACCUUCACGCUCAUCUCAGGCCAGGCUUACAUCACCACCUACGAGCUGGUGAGGAAGUAUGUCUCCAAGUAUUCUGACGACAAUACGGUCAAGUCGCUGGUGGCGGGCGGCUCAGCCUCCCUGGUUGCUCAGAGCAUCACUGUCCCUAUAGAUGUCAUCUCUCAGCAGCUGAUGAUGCAGGGCCAAGGGGAGCACCUCACUCGCUUUCGACUGAGUUCUAAUACAGAGGCUGGAAAGUCUAAAAAAUUCUUCGGCCAAACCAGAAACAUUAUGGCUCAGAUUUUUGCCGCUGAUGGUUUCCGGGGCUUCUACAGAGGAUAUGUGGCUUCUCUGCUCACUUAUAUCCCCAACAGUGCUGUGUGGUGGCCUUUCUACCAUUUUUAUGCUGAGCAACUCUCUAAAAUGGCUCCCAGUGACUGCCCUCAUCUGAUCCUACAAGCCAUGGCCGGACCUCUGGCCGCUGCUACUGCCUCAACUGUCACCAACCCAAUGGAUGUGGUCAGAGCCAGAGUGCAGGUUGAAGGGAGGACUUCAGUCAUUGAGACGUUCAGGCAGCUGAUCAAAGAGGAGGGCUGCUGGGGACUGACCAAAGGACUGUCGGCACGCAUCAUCUCAUCCACACCCACUGCCAUCGUCAUGGUGGUCGGCUACGAGACGCUUAAAAAGCUGAGUCUGCGACCGGAGCUGGUGGACUCAAGACACUGGUAGAAGAUACCUGGACAGACAGUGUAUGGACCGCGUGCCAUUUUAGCCCUAAAUCACACUUCCUGUGAAGACACUUGAUGAACAAAAAGGUUUGUUUUAAAUAACAACCUGGGGAACAAGAUGGAAUCAGGCCACUUUAAAACACACAUAAUCUGCGUCUAAGAUACCGAACGUGUUCAUCGGUAGCAGAUUAAAUAUCUGGCCAUCAACAUUCACUCCAGACCCAGGUUCAGUUUAUAUCGCUGCUUACCGGGUUGAUGCUUUUUAGUGCAAUUAGAGUAGUGAAUAAAAUGUUUUAACACUGGAAGAUGCAGACAAAUUGAUGCAAACUGGUACAAUUUAUUUUACACGCUCUACAAUCAUGUCUGAGCAUCUUUGCAGAGGAGAAAAGUGGAAGUGAUUGCUGAUAGACUGCCCGAUGGUUUAUCUGAUUGUGCUCUCACUAAGCAGAGCACUGUUGGGCCCACAUAAAAAAAAAAAAAACAGGUUUUGAUCAGGGUUCAGAGAAAGGCCAUAUAACUCAUGAUGACGCAUCACGUCAGCAGUAAACCAGUCUUUCCUGUGUUGGUUUCCUGUAAUUCGCUACACUGGCUUGUAGGUCUAGUUCCUUUCCCUUGGAAAGCCUGCCUUCGUAGUGUGAUCAAAUGAUCUGCUUUUAUUUUACUGAAUGUGUGCGAGAAGAACAGUAGAAUCUGUGUUUCAUGGCAGCCUCUGUUUUGUACGUGUAUUUAAUUUCCAGUUGUCUUGUAUGCACAAACUGAGUCGAAAUCAAUGUUUUAAAGGUCCAGUGUGUCGGAUUUCCAGGGAUAUAUUGGCAGAAAUUGAAUACAGUACAACAAGUAUGUUGGUGUAUAAGCCCUGAAAAUACGACUUGUGUUUUAAUAACCUAAGAAUGAGCCAUUUAUAUCUACAUAGGGAGCAGGUCCUCAUCCACGGAGAUCACCAUGUUGCACCACCAUGUUCCUACAGUAGCCCAGAAUGGACAAACCCAGCAUUUGCAUUUUCACAUUGGCCACCGUAGUUAGCUGCCCCUGCAGGACAAGUAGAACAGCAUCAGAAAAACGUUGAUUUUUUUAUUUUUAACAUGAAACUGCCACAUUCUGUGUUGUUUACUCAUUUAAAUCACCUGGUCUGUUUGUUUUGGGGAUGAAGAGACCUCUGCAGAUAAUUCAGCUCCUGAUAAAAACAGCCUGAAUGUCUGGAUCUUAAGUUAUCUGGAAAAAAAAGCAGAGCAACACAUUAGCGCGUUCUGGGCUAGCGACCUGUUUGCAACACACCAAACAGCAUCGGAAAAACGGUGAUUUAUAACUUCAAACUGCUGUAUUCAGUGUUUUACGGAUUAAAUCACUGGGUCUGUUUGUUUUGAGGAGGAAGAGACCUCUACCGAUAAUUCGGCUCCCGGUUAAAACCUUGUGAGCAUCUUGAUCUUAAGUUAUCAGGAAAAAAGUGAACACGUUCACGGGUGCUGGGCUAGCAGCCCGCCUGUGGUGCACAGCAUUGGAAGAACGCUGGUUUUAAACAUGAAUGUGUGUUUUAACUGGUUUAAAUCACCCAGUCUGUUUGUUUUGGAGAGGAAGAGACCUCUGUGGAUAACUGGGUCCUGGUGAAAACCUCCUGUACAUCUGGAUCUUAAGUUAUCAGAGAAAAAGCUGAGCACACAUUAGCAGGUUCUGGGCUAGCAGCCCAUUUGUGACGCGCCAAAUGGCAUCGGAAAAAAACACUUGAUUUGUAACGUGAAACUGCUUUAUUUUACUUUAUAGUGUUUUACUGGUUUAAAUCUGUUUGUUUUGGAGAGGAAGAGACUUCUGCGGAUAAUUCGGCUCCUGAAAACCUCCUGAACAAUGAACACUGAAGGAAUGCUAAGCGGGAGUUCAGGCCUGUCUCAUGGGAGAAGUUUCGGCUGGUUGCAGUGUGCAGUCCUCGCCACCAGAUGCCACUAAAUCCUCCACACUGCUCCUUUAAAUCAAAUGCAAAACACUACAAUAUUUUAUCAACCUUUUUUGUAACAUCGUAGUAUGGUGUCUCUCCAGAAAAUAUUGCAGUGAUCCAGCUGGUUAAUAAAUGAUUUGCUGUGCUGUCAUGUUCCGUGAAGCUGGGAAUAAUUAAGGUACUUCCAUCAAAACCUGUGGGUUUGACAGGAAGUAGGAAUAAUGGUGGUCCCCUCUUGUGACAGUAAAUGUUCGAGUGCAAUAAUGUUUUAUCCUUUGAAGCACAAAAUGUAAUUGUAUAUUUUUAUUGUAAAUUGUGUACAUAACAUGUCUUAAAGGAGUGCAUUAAUACCUAAUUUAUUUUCUUCAAAUCUUUUGGAGGGAUUAUGACCACAGAAGAGUCCCAGCUUCUAAAUUAAGUUUGUUCUUCAUUUGUUUAAUAUUCAAUUUGUUGCUUUUAUAACUUUUUUUUUAUUUUAUUUUUUAUUUGAUCUGAUUUGUUUAAAUGAAGCCAUAAUGUCCUGUAACGUACCUGAAGUUAUAUAUAAAUCUGCUCAGGCCAAGAUGUGUUAUAAACCUUUAGGGGACAGCUGAUGGAGGACUGUGUAGACUCACUUCUGUUGGCCUGGUUGGAUAAAAUAAAAUCAAUGCAAACUGCUGUGAUAAGAUUCACUGCAGGCUGGAAUUAAA